AUGAAUAAUAGUUUAAGGAUAGCUAGUUAGGGCUUUAAAAUUGAAAUUGAUUAAGAUUUGCCAUCCAGAUAAUUAUAAAAUACAUUUAUUCACAAAUCCAUAAUUGAUAGAAACGAAAUUGAAAAAUGGAUAAAUGAGAUAUUAAAAAUAGCUUGUAGUAAUGACAAAUAGAACAGUUUGAGAAAAUUAGGAGUUGAUAGAAAUUCUCUAAAGGUAGUUAAUUUUAUUAUCAUUUUCACUGUAGAACGCCGGAAUUAAGGAUGAUGAUGUCAACAGACUUUAUAGAAGCAUGUUUGUUUAUACAGUAGGAUUCUAUGAAAUGAUUGGAGACAUUAUUAAAAAUAAUGAAUUAACUGCGAUGAUUUGGUAAGUAUUUGGUAUACUUUUGGAACAUGUUGCAAAAGGGGAUUUUCAAUUCACUAUUAAUGAAAUAUAUAAAGAAAGUUAACAAAAAAUAGAGGAACUCAAUGAAAGGUUGAUACAAAGAGAAUAGAAAUUUAUGUCUAUAGAAAUUUAGGCCUAGGAUUAAAUAAAUCAAUUAUAAAAUCUAUUAAAAGAUCUAAAUAAUUAGUAUAAUUUAUUGAAAUAACAAAAAGAAAGUGUAGAAUUGGAUUUUCAAUAAUCUAAUGCUGCAUUUGAAGAUGCAGUAGCUUUAAAAAUUCAGUUCUAAUCUAAAAUUAUUGAAAUUGCAUCCAUAUACAGAGAAUAAGCAUAAAACUAUUCUCAAUUAUCUGGAGAACUCAAUGAAUUGAGAAUAUUGUAUGAUAAAAAUAACAAUGAAUUAAUAAUGUCCAAAAAACAUUUAGAGUCUAUGAUUGCUGAGAUGGAUAUAAGAGAUAAUUAAAUUAGCCAUUUAAAUUAAACAAUAGAUCAUUAAGCAAGAUUAUUGGAUGAAAAAUAGAAACAAAUUUAAACCCUUUAAUUAAAUAUUUCUCAAUUAAGAAAAAAUUAUGUGCUUGACUAAAAACCUGAUAUUGAUUAUGAAUCUUAGUUUAAUUUACUGAAUAUGCAAUUUUCAAAAUAUAAGGAAGAAAACAUAUAAAAGUAUUUAUGUUCAGUAUUUAUAGAUUAUAAGAAUUUUAGAGACUUUAAAUCAUAUAUGGAGAUACAUUGGAAUUGAAUAAGAAAUUAGCAAAUGAGAAUUAGUUAAUAAAAUAAGUAACUUCUAAGUUGCAGGAUGAAAAUAAACAUUUAAAAAUUGUAGGAGAUGAAUUAGAAUCUUUAGAGAAAGGUUACUAAUGCAGUAUUUUGUAGUUGUAAUAAGAUAUUAGUAAUUUGAUUGAAGAAUACGAAGAUAAAAUUAAGAGAUUUCGAACAACUUAAGUAGAACAUUAAUUUGGACUAUAAAGAAUUUAAGUCUAAUAAGAUGAAAUUUUGGCUUUCAAUUAAAUUAUAUAGCAAAUGAAAACGAAUAAAUAUCAUUUGAAUUAAAUAAUUAGUUAGGACUAAGCAGAAAUUUAGUAACUUUAAAGUGGAUUAGAAGAAAAAGAGCAAACUAUUAAAGAUUUAGAAGAGUCUUAGAGUAAAUUAAAAUAGGAUGAAAUAUAUUAUUAAAAACAAAUAGAAUAAUUACAAAUAUUAAUAGAUUCAUAGAAUUCGGUGAUAAUUGAGGAAAAAUAAGAACUUUAAAUGCUUUAAACUCAAUUCCAAUCUUAAUAUGAAGAGAUAAGAAAAGUUAAGUCAUUAUAUAAUGAUUUAGUUCUGGAAAAUCAUUGUUUAAUUAAAAGAUAAAAACAUUCUGAUAAUGCCAUAAACAAUCAAAAAAAUAAAAUAAGUGAAUUGUUUAAUGAAAUCACUUCUAUUCGAGCUAAGCAUGCUAAAUUUUUAUCAGAUUAUAAAACACUUGAAAUACAGUUUAAUGAAUUCAAGAGUUAAAUUAAUAAGGAUAUAUUGUUGUUAAAAAAUUAAUAUACUGACUCAUUGAAUUAUUAUAAAAAGAUGUAAAAGGAAAUGGUUCAUAAAAUAACACUUGAUGAUUCUUUAAGUUUAAUUGAUAGAACUGAUUAAAAACCGAUUACAUUAAAUUAAUCAUAAACGCACAUAGAUGAGUAAAGGAAUUUGUGAAAAAAAUAAAAUUUACAAUUAAAUAAAGAAAUUGAAGAGCUAAACGCCAAUUUAAAGCAAUAAAUCAAUUUAAUCUAAAAGCUAAAGUCAAAUUAUAAUAAGAGUUCCAAUAGAUUAAAGAUAGUAAAGUUCAAGUAAUUAGUUUAUUUUUUCGGUCUAAAGGAAGUAACUAAAGAGCUGAAAUUAAAAACUGACGCUUUAAUUUAAAUCUAAAAUAGUAAUGAAGAUUUGAAUAUCGAAUUGAAUAAGUUAAAGGAAGAAAACUUUAAUUAAAAAUAGCUAAUAAGUAGAUUGAAAAUAUCUUCAUAGGGCUAAAAUGAAUAAAUAGAGGAUUACGCUUCAACAAAUGAUUUUUAAGAUUUUAGAUCUAAUAAGCUAUAAAUAAAUCAAAUUUCGUCUGAUGACUUAUAAGGAUAUUUUAAUUCUUAAAUUAUGUUGUAAAAUGAAAUUAAAAACUCCUAAAAUUAAAUUGAAAUAAAAGAUAAAACAUACUAACAAAAAUAGGAAAAUUAAAAGUUUAAAUUGAAAUAAUUGUUUAAAACUGUAAAUUUAUUAGAUUCCUAAGGAGAAAAUUAAUCAGAUCCAUAGUCUAGAAAAUUAUAGGAUUUUUAAAUUCAUGAUAGUCUUCAUGACAGUACUUUUGAAUAAUUUAAAAUUGAAAAAAGUUCUCUCUCACAAUCUCGUAGUAUUAGCGUAAGUUAAGCAACUAAAAGUUAAAGGGAUAAACAAUCCAAAAGAAAAAUGGAUUUCAAGAUAAGAGACAAAAAUAAUACUUUGA